AUGAUAGUGGUUAGAGAGUACGACCCUAGCAGAGACUUAAACGGUGUGGAGGAUGUAGAACGACGGUGCGAGGUCGGACCAAGCGGCAAGCUUUCUCUCUUCACCGACCUUUUGGGUGACCCGCUUUGUAGGAUCCGACAUUCACCUUCUUUUCUUAUGUUGGUGGCUGAGAUGGGUACGGAGAAGAAGGAGAUAGUGGGCAUGAUUAGAGGUUGCAUCAAAACCGUUACAUGUGGCAUAAAACUCGAUUUAAAUCCCAAAUCCCAAAACGACACCGUUAAACCUGUUUACACUAAACUCGCCUACGUUUUGGGCCUUCGCGUCUCUCCUUCUCAUAGGAGGGAAGGGAUAGGGUUCAAGCUCGUGAAGAUGAUGGAAGAAUGGUUUACGCAAACCGGCGCAGAAUAUUCGUAUAUUGCAACUGAAAACGAUAACCAAGCUUCCAUUAAUCUUUUCACGGGAAAAUGCGGUUACUCCAAGUUCCGUAAACCGUCCAUAUUGGUUAAUCCGGUUUAUGCCCACCGGGUUAACGUCUCGCGUCAGGUAACCAUCAUCAAACUGGACCCGGUUGACGCAGAAUCACUGUACCGGCUCCGGUUCAGUACAACAGAGUUUUUCCCGCGGGAUAUUGAUUCGGUGUUGAACAACAAACUGUCUCUCGGCGGUUGUGCUUAG